UGCGCAGCGUCCCCGCCUUUUACGAAACAGUCAUUCCUCGCAACUAUGAGCAGCCGAAGCACCACGAUUGCUUUCCUCUUCAUCGCCACCCUUCUUGUCUUCCAAUGUGUUUCCGCUCAAUCAAGUGCCGAAGACGCGGACUACCUUGAAAAAUACCAAAGAAUAGCACGAGCACCAAAGCCAAAAUUCAUCCGAUUCGGUCGUGCAGGAGCCAAGUUUAUCAGAUUUGGGCGAUCAAGGAACACUUGGGAAGAUGGAUACGCCUCACCAUCGGUCAACGAGCUCUACGUUAAACGUGGAGCCAAAUUCAUCCGAUUCGGCUAAUUAGGAACAAUCAACUCGUGUCGAAUCACUGCUCCUACGUUGUCUAACUGCAUAGUGUUUCUUAAAAAGUCCCCACCUGAAAUAUACCCUUUCACUCAUUUAUUUGUCCUCCUAUUUUUUUCGAACUGUUGUGCGAACUGAUAUUCUUUGUGUUUUCCAUUUCGACGCCUUCUCAAAUGAAAAACGUUGCGUU